CAAUUUUAACUUAGCUAACUUGUUUGUAUCACCAGAAUACAAAUGUUUUGUUUGGCAAAAAAUAAGCCUUUAACUGGUGCAAUAAAGUAGAACUCGACACGAGCGUUGGUGCAUUUGUGUUUUGCGGAAAAGUCUGUUUGUUGUUGUUUGUAUUUCUGAAUGUAAACGGCGAUUCGAAUCAUGAAAAGACAUAAAAAGGGUGAGCCUACGGACUCUCAUGAUCGUGGCCACCAUCAUAGACAUCAUAAAUCGGAUCGCAGAAAGGAAGCAAUUGAUGAGAAAUAUGUUUCAACAAGAAAAAGAUCUCCACAAUCUUCAAGUUCAAGUGUGGUAAGAGAAGAUGUGGGAGGGAAGAAAAGGAAAAGGAAGAGCUCUUCAUAUUCAUCAUCCAGCUCUUUCGAGUCCCCUGCUUCACGCCACAAAAUGAAGAAGCAACGUUAUAAAAGUCCCUCUCCAAAAGGCAAAACAAAACCAAAGAAGGACCAUGAACGGGGCAGAAGCCGUGAGAAAAAGUCGCGAAAAUCUAAAGAUAAUGAAAAGAUACACGAAUCUCACGAUUUACAUAGAUCACAAAGUUCUGCCUCAAGUAAAAAUGUGUAUCAUGAAUCACAUGAGCAACAUAAGUAUAAAGAUGACCGAUCGCGAAGUGGGAAACCGACUAAUGAACCUAAACAAAAAGCAAUUUCAAAAGUAGCUCACUCCGAUUCCGUGAAGAAGUCCCAGUGGAGGCAGGAGAGCGAGUAUGAGUCCUCCACUGACGAAUGGAGCAGCGGGAAAAAGCCGGAGAAGAAGCAUAAAGAGGAGAAGACACACAAGAAGCACAAAAAGGAAGUAAUCCAGGAUCCUCCAAGAGAGAAACAGAAAAAGAAGAGCAAAGAGCAAGAGGUUGAGAGGACCUUAAAGUCACGGCAACCUUUAAAGCAUGAAAUAGAUGAGAGGACAUCUUCUUCAAGGGAUGGGAGGAGACAUGAGGAAGAUUAUGAUAGAACUCAUGCUAGAGAGUCAAAAGAAAAAUAUGAAAGAUAUGAAGAUGACAGUUGUAGUGAUGGAGGUGGAAAGAAGAAAAAUAAAUUAAAAAAGAGGAAAAAGCAAAAGAUUGAGGAGGAAAAACCAAGAAAUGUUUCUCGGAAGAGAAGUCGACAGAGAUCGGAGGAAAGAAGUCCUGAGAUGACAAAGAGCAAGAAAGUGAAGAAACAUCAUCAUCAUGAUGAGGAUUAUACAUCCGGAAGCGAAAUGGAGAGCACGGGAUCAAGAAGAAAGGAUGUUCGGGUCGCAAGGGUGGAUGCAGAGUGGAAGACAGUGGAUGACAUCGCUGAUAAUCAUCAACAACACCACAAGUCCGAGAGAAGCUACUCCUCCCAGAAGACUCGGAGUUACCCUGAAGUCCAACAUCCAAGGGAAGAUCGCCCACCGCGAUAUGAAGCUGCGAAACAUCCUUCCCAAGAGAGGAUUGAUUAUCCUCCUCAUCCUAAAGCCAGGAUGGAGAGGACGCCAGAGCAGAGAGUAGAGCGUGCUCCGGAUCGUAGGGAGAGAAGUCCUGAGCGGAGGAGAGAGCCAACUCCAGAGGUAAGAAGAGAAAGAAGUCCGAAGCACAGAAGAGAUCAAACUCCAGAGAUGAGGAGAGAAAGAAGUCUGGAGCGAAGACCAGAUGAUCGGCAGAAGUUUAAGAUGAGAGAAGAUAAAAGUGUGGAGAGAAGGAGACAUGAAGAGGAGUUUUAUAAACCUCGGGAUGCAGAGAGGAGUUCGGAGUAUCCUCGUCCCCGGGAUCGGAAGGUGGAAAAAUAUGAAAUACGGGAGAAAAUCCCACCUAGUGGUCGGUAUGACGAGAGGAAGUCGGAUCGGAAGUUCGACGGAAGUCAGGAGAGAAUUCCGGAAAAAAUCCGAGAAAGUCCGAGAUUUUAUGAGAAACAAGCGGCUCCGAGAUAUCCAGAUAAACAGUUUGAGGGAAGAGAUAUGAGGUUUAAUGAUCGGAGGUAUGAGGAUGUGGGAAGAUCAAGAAGGCAGGACUUUCCUCCGGAGGGUGUGCAGAGGACUCAGAAGAUCAUCAAAGUCGACAGAGAAGUUCUAGUGAGGGAUCAUCGCGGAAGAGAGGAAGUGAGAGCAAAAGAAAGGAAGAUACUUGAUCCGAGAGGUGGGAGAUCGGAUUUCCCGCCUCAGAGGACAGCUUCUUGGGACUCGGAUCGAGAGAGGAAGAUGAGACCAAGGUCCUCCCAGGAUUAUGAGGAACCGCAGAGGAUUUCAUCAUGGGUGGAUGGGAGAGACGGAGCAAAAUUACGGAUCGAGGCGAGGGAUAGUUUUGGACGUGAAAAGUGGACACCGGAGGUCAGUAGACAUCGAGUCGAAGAUCGAAAAGUGGAGGUUGAUUUUGGAAGAGGGAGACCAGAGAGGAGCGUUCCUCGAGAGCGGGGUCAGUUUCCCAGCGAUCGAACUCCUCCUCCUGCCUCCCGCUUCACCAGGGAGGUACGGCAGAGUGGGGAGCCUCGGAGCAGAGAUCUUGGACUGGAGGUCACCAUCCAUGAUGGAGGAGGAAGAUCGAGUAUCACUCAUGAGAGCAGCAGUAAGUCACGUGCAUCACCGCCACGUCAUGUAUCAUAUGAUUCAUCACGAGGGAAGAGGAUGUACGAUUCAUCCAAGGAGCGAGCCUCGCAUCCCAACAUCCAUAGGGAGCGUAGUAACUCGGAAACUAGAAGACCUGACAAACAAGGUCGUCGAGAUGAUUACUCGUCAUCGCAUGCUCACUUGAGGGCACAUGAGAGCACUCGACAGAGCGUGAACGAACUAAUUGAUCGAACACGCCACCAUAGUCGGAGCAUUGACACAAAAAGUCAACCUUCUCCCAGCUCACACAAAGAUGAUGUGAAUAAAUCCAAACGUUCGAUUCAUGAGCGUGAACAUUCAUCUGCAUCACGGUCACCACGCCGAUCACGUCAUGGUCAUCAUUCAUCUCAUAAUUCAAAUGAUCGUGAAAAAUUGGAACGAAAAUCUUCACGGACAAAAAGUAGCCGAGAUUCCAGACGCUCAGGAAGUGAGGCGCGUGGAAAGAGCAAAGAAGAGAAAAAGAGUGAGAGCAAAGGAGAAAAAGUGAAACCAAGUAAAGCUGCUGAUGUUCUUGAAGUUGAUUGGCCGAGCUUGUCACCUGACAAGGAAAUCAAUGAACCGGAACCUGAUUCGAUUUUAAAUCGUUUUACACCAGGUAACGUGCUUCUAAAUAUGGGAGUGUCUACAAAGCUACUACCAGCACACUUGCUGGAGAAAGUAUCAAACUUAUGCGGCAAGAACAAUAAUAUAUCAGCAGACAGCAGACCCCUCGUGACCACUCAUGGGUUAGGUGCACUCAACCGGAACGAGUCGUUACGUCAUACGGCGUGGCAUUCAGUGUUCAAAGCACGCCCGUCACGCGUAACUACUUACGACGACCUUAAAUUCCGUGUCCGUGUUCUGCAUCGCACUGAGUUCCCCCCACCCCCAACUACACCGCCGACAAUCAUAAACACAAAGUCGUAUGCUGCUUCUAUCAAACACUUCGUCAGUAAAAUUAAGCCGCUUGAGGUGCAGUGACGUCAUAGUUACGUCAUCGACGUCAUGACGUCAUACUUAUGUCAUCGACGUCAUGACGUCAUACUUAUGUCAUCGACAUCGUAACGUCAUACUUAUGAAAUCGACACCGUAACGUCAUAGUUACGUCAUUGACGCACUGACGUUGCGGUUACGCCAUUCUUCGCGUCUCGGCCAUUUUCGAAUCAUAUCAAAGUCCAGUGACGUCACACUUUGUUACGUCACCUUGUAUUAAGUGUUAGCUUUAUAAUUGGCAAAAUUUGCUCCAUGUGACGUCAUUGAAACAUACGUCACAAUGCGAUGAUUUUUUUACGAAAAUUAUUACAAAAUGAAAAUCAUGGAAAGUUCUCACAAAUUUUAUUGGGGAAUUGUGUAUAUGCGCUUAAAUAGUUAAUUUCCACAGAAAAGUUAUAAAAUAUGCAGAAAUAUAUAGUACUGUGGCUGUGGGGUAAGAUGGAUACCAUUAACACAUAGUAUUUCAUAUUUCCGAAUCGUGUUUUGAACAAUUAACAACGCCUUCAUAUAUAGUUGUGACGGUACGUUUAUACAGUUCUGUAAAUGUUCUUUGUUUACUAAUAAAUGAGACGAUAAAAGAGAAUUAAAAUAUAGGACCAUCUUACCCCAAUCUUCUAUAUAAUAUUAGUGAAAGUUCAAUAUAUUACUUUAGUCAUUUUAAAAGAGUUAAAUUUUUACCAUAUAGUAAAGUGGAGGAACAUGGGACACCUUUAGCACAUAUUAUCCAAAUAUCCUGAUCGUGUUUUAAACAAUUAACAACGCUUUAUGGGAAGCGUAAGGAUACAGUUUAACAAUUCUUUGAAUGUUCUUUGUUUCCUACCAAAUGGGACGAGAAAAUAGAAUGAAAAGGUGUCCCAUCUUCCCGAGCCUGCUGAGCUACUUACUAAAAAGUACACGUAGACAACUUUCCGAAAUGCGUUCAAGUUAUAUAUACAACUAAGUAAAAAAAGUC